CGAUUACUCCAGCAGCGCCGUUGGAGUGGGCGGGAGAAGAGGGCCGGCCAAAGGUGACGCCGUGGCUGCGGAGGUGCGGUGCUCCGCGUCGCGGCGCGGCGAGCGGUGGAUGGCGGCGGGAUGGAGCGCGAGGGGAGCGGCGGUGGCGGCGGCUCAGCCGGGCUCCUGCAGCAGAUCCUCAGUCUGAAGCUCGUGCCGCGGGUGGGCAACGGGACCCUGUGCCCCAACUCCACUUCGCUCUGUUCCUUCCCAGAGAUGUGGUAUGGCGUGUUCCUGUGGGCACUGAUGUCUUCUGUGUUCUUUCAUGUCCCUGCUGGACUGCUGGCCCUCUUCACCCUCAGACAGCACAAAUAUGGUAGGUUCAUGUCUGUAAGCAUCCUGUUGAUGGGCAUCGUGGGACCAAUUACUGCUGGAAUCUUGACAAGUGCAGCAAUUGCUGGGGUCUACCGAGCGGCAGGGAAGGAGAUGAUCCCCUUUGAAGCCCUCACCCUGGGCACUGGGCAGACGUUCUGCGUAGUGGUAGUCUCUUUUUUACGGGUUUUAGCUACUCUAUAGCAUCCGCCCUUUCACUGUGAUGGCAUCCUUGCGUUUUAUAGACUCUCCUCAAAAGGAAUGGACAGUGUCAUGGUUUCUUCUUUCCUCAAAUGGAAGCAGCUAGAAGGCUUGAAGACCACCACAGCCCUUUCUUCUAGAUGAAGCUCCAGAAAUUGAAGACCCUUGUGGGCACCCAUCAUCCUCAGCCAAGACAAGCUCCUUGUGGCAAUUUAAGAAGUUUUACAGGCCACACCAUCACUUAAGCCAGCAAUGCCUUGGAGUCUGCAUCUUCCUGUGCAAGAAUGUAUCAUUGCUGUCUUGUAGCAACAGUGGAGACUGCUGCUUGGUUUAGAGGGGCCAGGCUACACUGCUGAGCGCUUAGCCAAGCUGGCUUGUGUUGGUUGAGAAUAAACUGCUGAAAUGUAACAGGAAGAAGAACUGAAGUAGAGUUCAAAGCAACAGCUUUGGUUCCACUGUCAAAAGUAGGUGACCACUGAGAAUGUGACAUGUUAUGGAUAACUAUCUUGACCUCUGAUUAUUUAAUAUAUUUCAAGAUAUGUGAAUUUAUCAUUUGAUCAAAAUAAGCUAGCUAAUUGAGGUUUUUUGUUUGUUUGUUUUGUUGUUGUUGUUUUUGUUUUGUUUUAAAGACAUGAAGUCUUGCUUUGUUGCCCAGACUGGUCCAAACUCCUGGGCUCCAGGCAUCCUCCUGCCUCAGCCUCCUGAAUAGCUGGGAAAAUAGGCAUCACUGUCAUGCCUAACGGAGGUUCUUUUUCCCAAAGACUGUCCAUGACACCUGGUCAUCUUUAACACUAUCCAUUUUAUUUACCGUCUCUGAAAACACACAGUCUUUCUUCAGUGGUUUGACUUGAACUUCAAAACCAGCUAGGCUAGGACACUCUUCGGACAUUCAGGCACAGAUAGGCUACCUGCAGGAUCCUGUUAGGGUUUUUCCUGGUGGUUUCGUUGAUUGGAUGAGCCUGUGCUUGUGCAGUGUGCUGACGGGUUAGUGGCUAUGGGGUUUCCUCACACUGUGUUUACCUAGCAGGGACUCCUUAGCCCGCUCACUCUUGCAGUAUUUGGCUAUCCACUCCCAGAAAGUGCCUAACACUUCCUCUUCAGACAUAACCCCUCUGGCCUUCUUAUUUUUCUUCCAGAGAAUUGAUAUCCUUAAAGAGUAGUAGUAGUUUUUAACUCGAUUUUUAGCUAUUUUAAUUUUUACCUCUACUGCCUAACUUUGUUUUUCCUUAAAAAGGCCUCCAAACUGUGACCUUCAGAAGGGAAAGGGGGUGCAGAACCUAAGUACAUGUCAUCAAUUCAAUGGUUUUGUAUCAGCUACAAUAAAAUACAACAGCUGUGUUGUAACCUGUUUUCAAAGUAGCUUCUGGUGAUAAACUGACAGUUUUAAAAGAAAAUUUUCAUUGUGAGAUUAAGGUUCCCAACCUAUGAGGAAAUACAUUUAUCUUAAAGCAAUAUGUUCUCCGCUUCUGGUUAAAUAGUAGCCAGGAGGGGCUGGCAAACUCACUUGGCGUGAAAGGUGGUUCUCAGGGUCCUCGUGGUAGAUGGUGAGAACCAACUCCUGGCGUUGUCUCUGCUCUCCACACGCUUUUCACAUCACACGUAAAUAAAUAAAUACUAUUAAAAUUUCUUUUUAAAUAGCCAAGACUCUCUGUGGGCACUUGCACCCAUAUGCACAUAUUUUCUGUCCCCAAUGUACACAUGAUUUUACAAUUUGAUAAAAUAGCCAAGUGGAUCAAUUUGCCCAGUAAUGGCAUCAGGGGAAACUGCAAGGAUGGCUCCAAAAAUAAUUGGCUCUUUCUUUUUGACCGCCACUUGUCAAAACCAGUGACGAUCAGGUUUGGUGGGCAACUAAAAUGCAAAUAAAUGACUCUUCAUAUUCCCCAGUGAAAAGAGCAAAUCUUUCUUCCAACGAAAGGUUUCCAUUUUCAGUCUGAGGGUCUUUGAAUUUGGGAAACAUCCCUUCAGCCGGAGAAACUGGAAUAUUGUCCUGGGCCUUGUGGGAGCUGAUAGCAUCACUGGAAGGAUGCGGGAUGUAAUUUUACACACUAAGCACAUAGGUGAAUAGGUGGCUGGCUGUUCCCCUAAACAAUAACCUGUGAAUGUAUUCAUCCGUGAAUAUUUGUGUUUCCAACCAAGACACAAAAGUUCGGGUGUUUUUGUUUCCAUAUGUUUUAUCGGCUUUAAAAACAAACACUUGAAUGUGAGAUGUAUCUUCAAAUUCCUGAGUGUUUCAUCUACCCCAAUGUGUGUGAAGCAUUCUUUUUUUUUUUUU